AGAAUUCGAAGCCAUACACAUGUUCUAUUUACCUCUCUAUCCCUUCCUCCUCCAUUCUCUUUCUCUCUCUCCUAUUGGAAGUUUGUGUACAGUAGUCAAGGCUUGCAGUCAAAUCGGCGUAUCAUCCCUUUGCCGCGUAUACGUAUACAAAUAAGAUUUGCCAGCAUUCCGAUAACAUGUAUUUUUGGAAGUCUGAAGUAAAAUAAACAGCGAUUUUUGUUGUUUCGGACGAUGCAGUGUCCACUUUGCAAGUAAUUAUGAAGAGGGCCGUCUGAAGAUAACACCUUGUGUAUACAUAUACACCAUCGCGAGAUCUGUCUUGCCACUGGAUGCCAUGUCCAUAUAGGCUGCACAAGAAUCGAACAAAAUAAUAAUAAAAUGGCAAUUCUGACCAUUUUAUGACGUCACUCGCAUGGCUGGUACAACGAUCACCAUGCCUCAAGUACGAUACUACCAUCACGGUCGCUACUAUCGGCCAGCUCGAUCGAUGCCCCUCCUUCCUCCACUAUCGCUCGUACCAGCGGUCGACACAUCCAGUCACCAUAAACUGAACCUGGGAUGCGAUGACGAAGACGAGGCGAUCGUUAGGCGAUGGAGAACAACGAGGGAAAAGGAGUUUCGAUGGAUGAUUCGAUAUAUCGGCGAAAGUUUAACGGGAGAGAAUAUCGCCGAUAUGAGAUUCCUGUGCAGAGACCAUGUCCAACCACCUGAUGUCUUGCGGCAAACAAUGAAAGGAGGCCGACUGAUGUCCAUCCUGGAACGACAUCGUCUUCUGGCCGAGAACAGUCUCUUCUUCCUCCAGACCCUCCUCUACUACAUCGCUCGUCCCGACCUCUACGAACUCGUCCUCGAAUACCGCACCAAGCGGCAGAAUGACAUGCGGAAGAUCGGCGUCGAGAUUAUGUAUGAUAUGUGUCAACCCGAUGACAGAGGCAUCUCUAUGACGAAAGAACUCAAGUCGUUCCGGAAGAGCCUCAAGCCUCGAUCACGGUUCAACACUGUCGACAUCCAAACCAUAAUGAAAAGGAUGUCGGCUCUGAAGGCGAAGAUGAAGUCCAAGCUCCCCAGGACCAUCGACCACGGGUACACAGACUCCGUGAUGACCUCGGCAUCGCUGAGCGAUGAUAGCGAAUGGACGGACGUCGAUACGGACGAUGAGGGCGAUGUUGAUGACCUUGAUGAUGUGGAUUCUCGAGUCGACACCGAGACAGGGAGAAUAGCGAAUCUUCGACACAAUAGUAAGACAAUGAAUGGUGCGAUGAAGGCAAAUGGAGAGGAGUGCGAUGGAAAAGAGAGUGUGCGUUUGCCGAAAAUCGUUCCGAAGGGGAAGGUCGAGGUCGACAUAAAAACUAGUCGCAAUUGCGAGGACCAUUCGGAGGUCGACCCCGGCGAUGGUAAAAGCACUGACGGCAGUAGCCAUUCGGGAUUUAUUGAGGAUUCAUCAGGAUUGGUUCGCAUUCCUGGACCUGUAAAGCCGAUCUAUAACUUCACCCACAGGUCUAACGAGUUCCUGGACUUGAAAAUCAACGGCAAGCAAACAUAUAACGAUGAUGACGUCAUCGCGUGUGUCCGUGACGUCAACAAGGUAUCAAGUGGCCGCGGCAAUGAUCUCGACAAAGCUAAUAAGAAUGAUGCCGACUUGGAUGCCGUUUCGAUAACACAGGCGAAGAGUCUUACGACGACGGCAGUCAAACCCGUCCCCAUGAAAUUCAAGGUGCUUCGACGGAAAUAUCGAAUGGAAUCCCCUGGUCGAAGAGCUCGGAGAGUCGUUAAGAGACACAAGCCGCCGAAACCUCUACCCCAGAUCAAACCAGAAAUGACUGACCACCGUGAUCUCAAACCAGAAAUGACUGACCACAGUGUUCAUCAAUCGAACAAUGUAGCCGAAUUAGCCCAGAUUAAGAGAACGCACAGUAUACCAAAGCACCUGCCACAGCGAGUGAACUUUCUUCCAGAUAUCUACGACAAAUACGCCCGGAAAUCCGUGUCCACAGCGUCGACGAAAGUGUCGACAAAAACGCCGACGAGUAGAAAGAGCAGAAAAAGAUGAAAAUGAUAUAUUUUCAUUAAUUUGUGUGCUUAUAUUAUUUGAAAUUAAUAUUACAUCAGCAUUCGUGGAUCUUUUAAAUCUCGAGAUUUGUUAUCCGUUUUUAUAUCAUUGUUGAAAAGAGGUUAAUCCAUUGACCGUUUUGCUAUUUUGACGUAGAUUUUCUUUAAAGAUUUGCACAGUUAUGUUAGCAUCAAUAAUGCAUAUAUGUUUAUUUAUUCAAUACAAGAUUCAAGAGCAAUGUUAGCAGAUAAAAUGCCUUGUGAUAAAGGCCGUGCCGGGAAUCGAACCCUGAACUUCAUGUAGUCGGACGCCGAAGACCACUCGACCACGGCACCGGCUGUACAGAUGGAAUAGGUACAAUCAUGGCGGUAGAAAUUUUGAUUUUGAAAAAAUAUAGACUAUUUUAUUUGAGAUAAAUUUAUAAUACUUGAAAAUCGGGGUAACUGCAAGCCUUUCGGCGGUAAGACAAGGUUGACUUGAUACGAUAUUUUCAUCAUUACAAUAUUAUAACUCUAAUUUGUGUGAUAAUGUUUACUGCACUCCAUCCAACAAUUUUCUGCUGAAUUCAUGGGUCUAUGAUAUAGUCUCAUGUUUCAGCGCAUAUAGACGGAUAUGUUUAGGGUAUAGAAUGUGUCAUGAUCUCAAUUAAUAACUCCAGAAGCGGUGUUAUAAUUAUUUCAAUAUCUCAACUGGAGGUUGAUGAUAAUUAUAAAAAACAAACGCCUUAUGCGCUAGAUCACACAUUAAAAAAAAAAAUCGUCGAUACGUGUAACAACGGUUCUUUGUAACAACCCUUUCAUGAAACCAGACACUGGGUCUCAUUUCAUAAAGACUUGUUAUAAUAACAAAUGCACAAUAUCUCUAGCAAAAUUACUAUCAACCAAUCAGAUUGAAUAAUUUCAGUAGCUAUUAGCUGUUAUUUUAAAUUUGGCUAUUUUAGCCAUUAUUUUUUUAACCGACCCCUGAUCUGAGCGUUUAUGCGCCAUUUUUUAAACCCUAGAAUCAUGAUCAGAAUCAUGAUCAGAAUCAUGAUUCUGUAGAAUCACGAUCUCUCGUAGCUGCAGCUGUCGAGAAGGGUGUCCUGAUUGAUGUCGCAAGAUGGCGAUAUAAGCACAAUCUUUCUUAUCAAAAUAAUCAAAAUACAGGUAUAGUAAAAUCAAGGGCGGCGUUGAGUAUUGGAUGAACACCGUGACCUCAUGGCCCUUGGAACGAUUUUUUCAGUGGGGGUGCUGACAUGGGCUGAAAUCUCUCCUCAAAGGUGGGGGAACAGGAUUUUCCCAUUGCUCUUUUAUAUAUAUACACACACGCAUUAUAAUAUUUUAAUAGUGUGAGCGCGAAUCGCGAGCCAAGAAAAAUGGGAGAUUUCAUGUAUUUUGUCCUGAAAAUUGAACAUUUUGAUCUGAGCAAUGUUUGUGAUCCUGAACAAGAUGCGUAUGUAACAAAUAAUAACUGCGAGGGCGAUCAGCUCGAGCAGAAACUUUUGAUAUACGUUCUGGCCUAACCGAAAGGGAACUGUUUUAUGGACUAUUUGCAGAGACCCAUGAUGACGAUAAAUAUUUCAACAAUCAAAUAAUGUGAGCGCGAAGCGCGGGCAGAAAGAUUUUGACAUUCCUUCUUCUUCUUUGUUGUUCUUCCCCCGGUAUUCGAGCAUCAGCGGCUAUCCGCAGGUUGGUUGUUGUGUUGAAGAAGUGAUAUCUCCUUGGUUGAAGUAAUUUCUCUAAGCGAAUAUGAUGAAUUCCGAACUAAGAACUGGACAUUCUACGCACUUUUUGUAAUCAUGAACAUGAUAGGAAUAAUAUUGAUGCGAGUGCAAAGCGCGUGUGUAAACAAAAUUGAGAUUUCAGACCUAAGAACGGGACAUUCUAAGCCCUUUUUGUAAUCAUGAACAUGAUAGGUAUAUAACUAUACAAUCGAUGCGAGCGCGAAAGGAAACAAAAUUAAGAUUUCAGACAUAAAAACGGGACACUCUAUUUAUGUUUUGUAUAUCAGGAAAAGGAUGGGUAAUUGGGUACCGUCUUACAUUAAUAAUGUGAGCUCGAAGCGCGAGCAGAAUUUUUUUAUGUUCUGAUCUCAAACUUUAUAAUUUAAGCAUGUUUUAAAUAAAAGAAACAAGCUGCAUAUCUGAACAAACAUGUGGUACCCGUAUUUAGAUUUAUACCUAGAAUCUAGGCAUUCUAAAUACAUCUGUUAAUCAUGAAAAUCAAUAAAGCGAGCGCGAGCUGAAAAUAUUUGAUAAUCCGAUCUGAAAAAGGGUGAAUUUAAGCACUGUUUCAAUCACUGUGUAGAAAAAUUCUGAAGUGGGGGGGGGGGGGUCCUACAAAACGUCGGUCAUUUCCAUUGCAUUUAUGUCAUUUAUCAUAUACCUAUCAGAUUUCCAGGGGGUGCUGCCUAUGGAAAAUAACACACGCAGCAUCCCCAAGGAAACUUUGGCACCCCCGCUUCCCAGGGCCAUGGGUUACCUCAUUUUUCUCAUUUGGCUCUAAUGGGUAAUGGUUACGAACCCAGGUGUCUCUUUUUAUAUUCUUUUUUUUUUUCUUUCUUCCUAUUUUCUUUCCUUUUCCAUUUUUUUUUCUAGCAGAACCAAAGUUGCGGUUACCCGAGCUGCCCCCACACCCUUGCGACACCGUCCUCGUGUACAGUUUAACAGUUUUAUCCCCCUUUCUUCCAAACAAUACAAUAAUUAUAAUUUAUACAUUAUUAACACAUAUAAUUAUGUAACCAGCUCGAGGUAAAAACAAUCAUUAUCAAAUUAAUUGACAUAAUCAUAUUAAAAUGCAAUAUUAAUUAUGAACAUAUAUCGUUUGAGUGACUAAUAUAUUAAAUGUGAAUAAAAAUAUUUUAUUUGAAAAUGA